AUAUUGUGCAAAAUUGUUCUAGUGAAUCUCCAAUACUUCUUCAUUGUCAGUCAUAUCUGGAUGAUGUUGGAGGGAGUAGAUCUGCUAAUGACAGUACAUAAUAAUCUGCGCCACAAGAAUCCAAAUACUAGUGUGUACAUUGCGUUUGGUUGGGUAAUGCCAUUAUGCAUAGUUGGCUGCACGUUUCUUAUUGAUUCGCCUAUUAACAGUACGAACGACUUAUGUUGUUUGGAGGUGUGGAUAACAUGGGCUUUUGUUACCUCUGCACUGGUUACAAUCGCUGUCAACUCCUGUAUACUUUUUAUUGUAAUUCGGAUAUUUUUAGGAUUACAAAAGAUCAAGAGGCAACAAAUCAGGUAA